UUCAGGCGACAUUGGCCCCGCCCCGCGAUGGCGCCUGAGGACCACGAGGGGGCCACGUCUCUGCUGCAGAGUUUCGAGCGCCGCUUCCUGGCGGCUCGAGCGCUUCCCUCCUUUCCCUGGCAGAGCCUAGAAGAGAAAUUAAAGGAGCCCUCAGGUUCUGAGUUGUUGCUGGCUAUUCUGCAGAAGACUGUGAAGCACCCUGUGUGUGUGCAGCACCUGCCAUCUGUGAAGUAUGCGCGCUGCUUUCUCUCAAAGCUCAUCAAAAAGCAUGAGGCUGUGCCCACAGAGCCUUUGGAUGCACUGUACGAGGCGCUGGCAGAGGUUUUGAUGGCCGAAGAGUCCACCCAGUGCCACCGGAGCUAUUUGCUGCCUUCAGGAGACUCGGUCACACUCUCUGAGAGCACGGCCAUUGUGUCCCAUGGCACCACAGGCUUGGUGACAUGGGAUGCUGCUCUCUGCCUGGCAGAGUGGGCCAUCAAGAACCCAGCAGUCUUCACGGACAGGACUGUCCUGGAGCUAGGCAGCGGAGCUGGGCUCACGGGCCUGGCAGUUUGCAAGGCGUGCCACCCCAGAGCAUUUAUCUUCAGCGACUGCCAUGGCCAGGUGCUAGAGCAGCUUCGUGGAAAUGUGCUCCUCAACGGCUUCUCCCUAGAGCCCGACACUCCCACUGACCCAGGCAGCCCGAAGGUGACAGUGGCCGAGCUGGACUGGGACGAGGUGACAGCCUCUCAGUUCUCUGCCUUCCAGGCAGAUGUCGUCAUUGCAGCAGAUGUGCUAUACUGUGGGGAAGUGACACUGUCACUGGUCAGGGUCCUGAAGCUGCUCAGCGACUGCCAGAGGAAGAAUGCUCCUCAUGUCUACGUGGCCUAUACCGUCCGCAGCCAAGACACGGGCAAGCUGUUCAUCACAGAGCUGGAUCGUGCAGGGAUCUACUGGGAAGAAGUGCCUCCUCACGCCAGCAAACUAUUCCCCUAUGAAGAGCACUCGGCCAUCGUAAUCCUGAAGCUCGUGCUGAGCCAUCAUCACAGUAUUUGAAGCCUGAGAACUAGAGUCCCAGCAAGCCUGUAUUUGGCUCUACGCAUCGGGAGUACCUUUUCAGAGUCACUGGGAGAUUUGAUCCUGACAAAGCCUGAGCUUGGCUCACACAGGGUUUCACAUCACAUCCUGAACUCCAUCCUGUGCCUGGUCUCUAGCUGUCAAGCUGCAGCCUCCAUGCCCACAUCCACCCUGGCCAGGGAAAGUGGAGUCCCAGAACUGCACUGGUGUGGAUAGUUCCCAUCCAAUUGAGAGACGAGCCACAGAACAGAGGGAUGUAAACCCAGUCAACUGCAGGCAGCUCUGGCCCCUGUUCCCUUCUCACAGCAGGAGCCUGAGUAGAAUGUUAACCAUGAACAAACUCCAGCCACCCCGUCCCUCUAUCUGUGCAGGACAUAUUCCUGGAGCCCCUCUCAUAUCCACAGGUGGUUCCUUGUGUAAACUGCUUUGCAUGUGAUCCACGUGAACCCCACUCUAUGCUUCACAUCCUCUCUAGAUGGUGUCUACAUCCCAGCAAGGAACAAGGACAAGAAAGCUACAUGCGGAUACAGACACAAUCAAUAUGCUCCUUGCUAUAACAUUCCCAAGACAGGAACUCAGGUAGCACAGGCUGGCUUCAAGCUCAGGGAUCCUCUUGCCUCUGCCUCCAGACUACAGGCAUGUACUAAUAUUUCCAAAAUCCUAGCUACAUUUGGUAUCUGGGUGACUAGCAUAGUGUGGAUGCCCCAAGCUGACUAUCCUUCACUAGGGCUCAGCCCAACCAUAGGACAGGGCCCCCAGCUGCUGAUCUAGAAUAUGCCCCAGGUGUAUGUAUCUGUUCCUACCACUUGAAGUUCACGGCACAAACAGGCAAGCAGCACCCAAACAUGUCCACCACCUUCAUGGGCAGGUCCAGACCACUGGAAGACAUGUGUAGACAGACACCCAGGUCCGCUGACCCUGCAAAGACAGUCAAAACACUAGGGCACAUUCUCCUGGGUCUAUGUAAUGACCCCUAGACAAGGAAGGGAAAUCAGGAGCUGUCCCUGUCAGACUGAAACUGACCAAGGAGUCAGGCAGCCUGACCAGAGGCAGAAACAUGGCUGACCACUGGGUCCUGUCUCCCACUGCCUAAUGAU